AUGAUCUUACAUAAGAGUCGUAAAAAGGAAUACAGAAUAGCGUCCUGCGACUCCGAUUUCUGGUGGCUCGAUGUCUUUGAGGCCAGAAUACGCGUUAAGAAUCGGAAGCGAAAAGCGGACGAGGCGUCCUGUCCGGUUUGCAGCGAGAGGCUGUCGGGCACCCCGGAGGAAUUGAAUCAACACGUCGACCGAUGCCUGAACAAGCAGAACAACGGGAACCCGGCCGGGCAGAACGCGAACGUCGACGAGGAGGAAGUCGACGUCGAGGGCGACCCCGAGUACGAGGAGUACGAAUGGGCCGGCCAGACAAGAGUGCGCGCCACUUCCAUGCUCGUCGGUGGGUUCUCCGCUGCAGGCCUCGCCACUUCCUCGAGCAACCGCGGCGGUGCCAGGGGCGGGGGCGGCAAUCACGAGGACGAGGACGUUGAUCUGGUGGUCGACGGCGACGACGCCGCCGAGUUCGGGCCCGCCCAGUACUCCGAGGCGGAUGUGGUCGCGCCGCGGGUCGACGGCACGCCGCGCGAACAGAAGGAACGGGACGCGCUUCGCGAGGCCGUCAUCUCGCCGAACGCGCCGCACACGCCACAGCAGCUGACCCCGGACUCCGGACUGACGGCACAGGGCCUGGUCGAGGUGAAGCCGGAGCCGGGCGCCGCGACGCCCGUCGCCCAACAGAACGAUCCCGACGAGGGUACCUCCGUGUCGCCCAGGAGGGACGGCGACACGCCCGUCAUCGAGGCCCUCCGCGGCCGCAUCCGCGAGCUCGAGGCGGAGAUGCGCGUGCAACCCUUCAAAUGUCUCAUCUGCAUGGAACAAUAUAAAAAGCCGGUCACUUCGGUUUGUUGCUGGCACGUACACUGCGAGCAAUGCUGGCUGCACACGCUGGGUGCGAAGAAGCUUUGUCCACAAUGCAACAUGAUAACGUCACCGUCCGAUCUGCGGCGCAUCUACAUGUGAACGAGCCGACUCGACGUCCCUCGGGAGUCCGGCGUUCUCCCCCCAGCCAACCCCCGGAAAUUCCGGAUCGGGCGAGCAGCGUUAUCAACGAGCGUUCGACCUCCUGUAAAUACUUGUAUAUUUCUCUGCGUUACGUAAAUUAACUCCCUAGUAUGUACGUUUAUGCAUCUUAGAGCUAGUAAAUUAACUUCGUUAGUUCUUAACGAUCGCCAACCGAGCGUCCACUCCAGAAUUACCGACGCAGUUUUGCGCGUCCAUUAACGAUCGCGGUCGACAUAAUUCGUCUACACUUACAAACUCGCCGUCCCUUCCGAAAACUGUCAACUUUUCCAUGAUCUCGCCGCACCAUUCCGCUAUUCCGGACUUGUUAUUGAAAUCGCAAUGUUAUUGCAAUACUAAUUGGACGAGUAUAUCGAUUCGAGUUCUCGAUGAUUUUUUUACAGCUUCGUUAAAAAAAUGUAUGUUCUGUUUUGACGAAAUGAAUCUUUCAACUUUAAUUUUUUUGAUACUUAAUUGUAUAUUUUUGCGACAAAUGACUUUGUCGCAAUUUUUACAAUCGAAAUGUUUAUACAGACAUCUGAAAUAAUUUUUUAUUAUUGAACAAUCAUCAUAUAUAUUAUAAAUGUACACUUCUAAUGAACGUGUCGCAGGUAUUUCGUGAAAUUAGUUUUCUUUUUUUGUAAAAUUUCUAGAGAAUCCAGAAAAAACCGGGAUAUUUGUAGAACGAAUAAAAAUUACACAAUCUUACUAAUCUUUUUGCAAAAUCCUAGAUUCUGUUAGUAAAAUUGUGAGUUG